GUUGAAUUCUCAGUUCCCUCUACGGAUCCUCCAAGAAAAACAACUUCAUAAAUCCCCAUAACCAAACGCAGCCUACCAUCGAAAAGGAGUAAGAAAUCGGGGAGAGAAACCAAACAAAACCGCGAAGGCCUUUUCCUCGUAAAAUCACUCGUUCAUCUCUAUCGAUCUCUCCGGACUUCUUGUUCCUGUCGUUGCUGCACCGCAAUGGCCUGUGCUAGCUUCACGAAGUUAAACGCGCCGUCGUCUCAGUGGAUCGGACAACCGUCCUUCGCUCAGCGCCCUGGGUCGUCCACUCGCCUCACCAGUCGCCGUGUCUCCCUCCCGAUCCGGGCUGGUGCUUCAAAAGACGAGCUCGUCCAAACCGCCAAAUCUAUUGCCUCACCUGGCCGUGGUAUCCUUGCUAUUGAUGAGUCCAAUGCUACCUGUGGGAAGAGGUUGGCGUCUAUUGGCUUAGACAAUACCGAGACCAACCGCCAGGCAUACAGGCAACUUUUACUCACAACUCCUGGCCUUGGUGAUUAUAUCUCUGGUGCCAUUCUUUUCGAGGAGACACUUUACCAGGCAACAACAGAUGGGAAAAAGUUUGUAGAUUGCUUGCGUGAUGAGAAAAUUGUCCCUGGCAUCAAAGUUGACAAGGGUUUGGUUCCUCUGCCUGGAUCAAACAAUGAAUCUUGGUGCCAAGGCUUGGAUGGACUGGCAUCAAGAUCCGCUGAAUACUACAAGCAGGGUGCUCGUUUUGCUAAGUGGAGAACAGUUGUUAGUAUUCCUUGUGGUCCCUCUGCUCUGGCUGUUAAGGAAGCUGCCUGGGGACUUGCACGUUAUGCUGCCAUUUCUCAGGACAAUGGUCUUGUGCCAAUAGUGGAACCUGAGAUUCUUCUUGAUGGGGACCACCCAAUUGAGAGGACACUUGAAGUAGCAGAGAAGGUCUGGUCAGAAGUCUUUUACUACUUAGCCCAGAAUAAUGUCAUAUUCGAGGGUAUCCUCCUUAAGCCCAGCAUGGUAACUCCCGGGGCUGAACAUAAAGAGAAGGCUUCCCCAGACACCAUUGCUAAAUAUACACUCACAAUGCUUAAGAGGAGAGUUCCUCCAGCAGUUCCAGGAAUCAUGUUUUUAUCUGGAGGACAGUCUGAGGUGGAAGCCACACUCAACCUGAAUGCAAUGAACCAGAGCCCCAACCCAUGGCAUGUCUCUUUCUCAUAUGCACGUGCCUUACAGAACACUGUACUUAAAACAUGGCAAGGACGUCCUGAGAACAUUGAAGCUGCACAGAAGGCUCUUUUGGUGCGUGCAAAGGCAAACUCUCUAGCUCAACUUGGUAAAUACUCGGCCGAGGGUGAAAGUGAAGAAGCUAAGAAGGGAAUGUUUGUUAAAGGCUAUACUUACUAAGUUGCAAUUGUUGGCAGCUCUUACACAUUGACCUUCGGAUGAGAAGUCUGUUUCUGUUUUGCAUUUCUACUUGGUUAGUUACGGCUGCAGAGGAUACUUUUCUAAUUUAUUGUAGUCCUAUUUACAUGUUUAUUUUCCUUCUCCCUAAGACUACCGGGUUUGGUUUGAAUAAGACUAGUGGAGUAUAGAUUGAUAAUCAUCAGACUCAUAGUAAACCCAGGACCAGUUCCCAAAUCCCACUAGUGAAAUGAGAAUAUAUAUUAUGUAUAUCGAUCUUCACAAGUUUAUGUUAUUGAAAUCGUACCAUUUUUCUUUUGAGUUUCUUGUUCCACAUAUUGAAUUAUAUCGGACAGCAACAAAAGGAUUAUUGGAUG